AUGCCAACCACCAGGAGAUCAACAGGAGGAGGCCGCGCCAGACCUGGCCCAGCGCGAGGCCAAUCGACCAUCAGCUUCUCCAACAGAGUAUCGAAGCCGGUGCCCAAGGACACCAAGAAAACAGUGGCUCUUUCCUCUGCCAUUGACCGAUCCGAUAUCGCCAAGCCAAGCAAUAAGGAGCACAAGGAUGUCGACGAGAUCCAGAUCGAAGAACCCUUGACGCCCGAGGUUGAGAAGGUUGAAGCCAAGGAAGAAGUCUCCGAAAAAUCAGAGGCCGAAGUGAGGGCCGAGAAGAUCAGCGACGCCCAGAUCAACAAGUACUGGAAGUCGAUCGAGGCUCAGCGCAUUGCGCCUAGGGUGCACCAAGGUGAUGUGAGUCUGGCUGAGAGGGUUUUGCGAUACUUUGACGUUAGCUCUCAAUAUGGUCCCUGCAUCGGCCUCCAGCGCAUGAAGCGGUGGCAGCGCGCGGAGAGGCUGGGUCUCAACCCGCCAAUCGAGGUCCUUGCGGUACUUCUAAAGCAAGAGAAUAAGGGCCACGCUUCGGACCGGGCUCACUUAGACGAGCUUAUGAACUCGACAGCGGUCGGAGCCUCGUAA